AUCAUUAAAAAUGGCGUCACUGUCGAGCUUGCUCCCAGCUCCUGUUCAGCAAGUAUGGGAUCGUGACGAUGAAUUAAAAGCAAAGCGUGUUGGCAGUGCGCUAGUAGUAUCUCAAACUAGCAUCCCUCCAUAUGGCCAAAGGAGAGGAUGGGUGCCUCGAGCGGAGGAAGAUUUUGGAGAUGGAGGUGCAUUUCCUGAAAUCCAUGUGGCUCAAUACCCCCUGGGUAUGGGAGCUAGGGGGAAGGAGAGUACUUCAAACGCAUUGGCUGUACAGUUGGAUGAGUCAGGAAGAGUCAAGUACUCUGCCAUAGCAAGACAAGGCCAUAGUGCUGAUAAGAUAAUAUAUUCGAAACUUACGGAUCUCCUACCAGCAGAGGUUUUAGCAGAGGACGAUCCGACAUUACAGAAGCCAACCGAAGAUGACAUUCAAGACAUAACAGAGAAGACGAAACUAGCAUUAGAGAAGAUAACAAAUGCUAAAAUAUCUGCUGCUAUGCCCGUUAAGGCUGCACCGAAAGCUGCUCCUGCACAAUAUAUACGGUACACACCGGCGCAACAAGGCGGCGCCUUCAAUUCUGGCGCCAAACAAAGAGUUAUUAGGAUGGUGGAGGCGCAGGCGGACCCUAUGGAGCCCCCACGGUUCCAAAUUAACCGCAAGAUCCCUCGCGCGGCGCCCUCCCCCCCGGCGCCCGUACUGCACUCGCCCCCACGCCGCGUAUCCGUCAAGCAGCAGCGCGACUGGAAAGUGCCGCCCUGCGUCUCGCACUGGAAGAACGCCAAGGGAUACACAAUACCUUUGGAUAAGCGUCUAGCCGCGGAUGGACGUGGUCUCCAGCAAGUGCACAUUAACGAGAACUUCUCGAAACUUGCGGAGGCGUUAUACAUAGCUGAUCGUAAAGCCAGAGAGGCUGUGGAAGCGAGAGCGCAGUUAGAGAGGAGAUUAGCACAGAGAGAGAAAGAGAAGAAAGAAGAGCAUUUGAGAAUGUUGGCGCAGAGGGCGAGAGAUCAUAGAGCCGGCAUCCGCAGCCCGUCGGCCGGCGCGACGGAGCCGGGGCUGGCGGCGGAGGAGGGCGAGGCGGCGGGCGAGCUGUCGGCGGCCGAGCGCGAGCGCCUGCGCGGCGAGCGGCACCGCGAGCGCCAGCGCGACCGCAACCUGGCGCGCGCCGCGCCCGACAAGAGAUCGAAACUAGUUAAGGAACGCGAAAGAGACAUCUCCGAGCAGAUAGCAUUAGGUCUUCCAGCAAAAACAGCCCAGGGCGGAGAGGCCAUGUUCGACCAGCGUCUGUUUAAUACCAGCAAGGGAAUGGACAGCGGGUAUGGAGACGACGAAGCCUACAAUGUGUAUGACAAGGCGUGGCGUAAUCAGGACUCCGUGGGAGCGCACAUCUACCGACCCUCGCGAAACGCGGACAAAGAUAACUAUGGUGGAGAUCUUGAAGCCAUCGCUAAUACUAAACGCUUUGUGGCAGACAAAUCAUUCGCUGGCACCAGCAGCAGCAACACCCGUUCCGGACCAGUUCCCUUCGAAAAGGACACACCCAGGGAGGAGCCUUCUCGCAGUACACAAUUAGAUGCAGACUUCGAUCCGUUCGGUCUGGAUCGGUUCUUGAGCGAGGCGAAGCGAGCCGACAAGUCGUCCAGGAAACGAGAUCACCACGAACCGCACGCCAAGAAACGAAGGGAAUGAAUUAUAAAUACAAACUGCAUGUGUUCGUUAGUUGCAAGUGUAGCAUUAAGGGAUUUCGUUAUGUUCAUUCGCAUUUUCAGUUAUAGUCUCUGAUCUUUUAGUCGUAAUGCUAGAAAAUAUUUCAAUAUCAUUUUUUUUAUUUGGAUUCGUAAUUAGGUUAAGUUAUCUUAGGUAAACGUAACUGUACAUUAUGUAGAUUUGUAAUAAAAAUAAUCACUAAGGA